AUGGACUCAAUACUCUCCCCUCCAGACUCGGCCACGUUCGAACGUAGGCCCAGUACCGUAUCUUGCUCGUAUGAUUCAACGCCGUCGAGCUCCAACUCCUCCCCAGAAGUGACGACCGACACAACCGAAGCCACCGUCAUCACGCCCGACAGCGAAGACAGCAAUGCAGACAUUGGCACGUCGCCAGAUGGCACAUCCCCAGGCAGCGUGGUGCCAAAGCUGGAAGAUUUGGAAGCAGAAAGCGCAUUGCACAAACUGGAAGACGCCAAGCCAACUAUCACCAACGACCAAGUUGUACUACCGCCUGCUCCCCGCAAACGUGGCCGACCAAGAAAGUAUCCAAUCGUAGAGCAGAAAAAGGCAUCGCAUGCUCGCUCCAAGACUGGCUGCGGUACUUGCCGUAGGCGCAAGAAGAAAUGCGAUGAGACAAGACCUAUAUGCCAGAACUGCGAAAAGAACAAUGUUGUCUGUGAUGGAUACGAGGACAGGAAGCCAUGGCAAAGUGGCAAACAGAAGCAACUGGUCAAGCGAGCAACGAUACAAAUGCCAUUACCACUGUUGAUGGACGGCAUCGAGGGACCGGUGGACCAAAUGUUCUUCCAACAUUUCACCUGCCAGGUCGGGAAGGUGCUCUCAUUGACGGAUCACGGCAAUCCAUUUAUCGACCUGAUCGUUCCGAUGGCUAUGCGACAUACCGGUCUCAUGCACAGCCUGCUAUACCUGUCCGGAAGCUGUUUGCUGGCAGGCGAUUUCAGUGGCAAAUGGGAGUGGAAAGAGAGACAGCUGCAUCAUAACGGCGAAGCUAUGCGAAUACUUCAAAAUGACGUUGGAGGGACAAAUCAUGAUAGCCAAGAGUCUAAUCGCGCGGUCGUACCGAUUGGCGACUCCUCGAUAGCACAGACGCUCGUGCUAUGUCUUCAGACUGUAUGCGCAGGAGAUCUUAGCGGCGUAUAUCGGAAACAUCUCAACGGCCUGAAAACGAUGCUUGCAGCACAAGGCAGCGCCUUUCCGAACGACAAGCUUCGUCAAUUCAUUCUCGAAUUCCUACUUUAUCAUGACUACAGCAACGCCAUUACCUCUUUGGAGAACCCACUCGAUCAUCGAUCAGCAUCGCUCAUGGAAGACUUCCAACUGCCCGGCUAUAUGCUGCAACCCGAAGCAGGAAAACUGCUAGGCGUUAUGGACGGUCUAUUCGGCUUUAUUUCCCGCAUCAGAGCCCUACGUGAUGAGAUCCGGGCGCUGCGAGCACAAGGCCGACGAUGGUGGGAAGAGCCAUUCAUCACGUCCGAGGCAUGGGCCAUCGAUGGUGCUCUCCGAGGCUGGAACUGGAAAUACGCACCCGACUCUCCACGAUUCACUGCUGGCCUCUUGUAUCGGCAAUGUACAUGGAUUUACCUGCAACGGACCAUCUCCCCCUCUCUGCCUGCUCCAAUGCUCAAGACCGCUGUCGAUGAAGGCCUGAACUAUCUCCGCCACCUACCAUGGGACAGUGACGACGGCGCAACGAAAAGUAUCCUCCUCAUGCCAUUAUUCCUGCUCGGAUGUGCCGCCUUCGAGCCCGAUCAACGGCCCGAGAUCGCACAAGCAUUUGAGCGGCUACAGAGCUGGAGCAGUCUGGGCAAUAUCAAGUAUGCCCGUCUAAUCGUAGAGCAAAUCUGGGAAAUGAUGGAUCAAGGUUUAGAAGAGCAAACGUGGGACUGGGAGACGGUCAUGCAAAACAAAGGGUGGGACUUCUUGGUGACCUGA